CAAUCCUCUCUCUGCUUCCCGUCUUUCUCCUUGAUCACCAUCGUCUUCGUCGUCUCUGCCUUCCGCCAUAGCCAGACCUCGCCUCCUUCCCUUGUCCUUUUGUCGAUCUCUGUGAUCGUAAGACGAAUCAUGCAGCAGGGAGACUACAGCUCCGCUCCCUAUUACCACCCUCACUACAGUAGCAUCCCAAAUCCCAAUCCGGCCCCCAAACACGCCGAUCACAGCCCCGGCCCCUACGCAUCUGCCCCGCCGUUCUCCACCACCGGCUACUCCCCUGCCGAUUACGGCAGCUACCCCUCCAAUUACCCUCCUUACCCCCAGAAUCCCGAUCCCGUCCCUCCCCCAGCCCCAACCGCCCCUUCCUACUCCUCUCACCCGAACCCUAGCCCCAAUCUGCAGCCACCGACCAGCUUCAGCCCUUCGCUGUCGCAGCCUCCCGCUCCUCAAGCUCCCUCUUCAUUCCCUGGCUUCGAAUCUCAUGGCGCUUAUCAGCCUCCAGCUCAGCAGCCACCGCAAUCCUACUACUCAUCGCCCGCGCCGUCCUAUGAUCAACCACCACCACCUCAACAGGUGCCACCCAGCUACUCUGCUCCGAUCUCAGCUGCACCUAAUCUUAACUCCAAUCCGAUCUCCAGUAUGAACCCCAGCAGCACUAAUCCCCCAUACUCAUCGAUGUACCCCUCGUCAGCUCCAUACAAUCCACCUUCGCAUGAAUCACCUUACCAUGAUUCCUCAAAGUUCGAUCAUGGCAGCAGCUACAUCGAAGACAAAUACGGUAAUUAUGGCCGGAGCAGGUCCAGUUUGGGUUCGGAAUUGUAUGGGAAGCAAUCAGAUUCUUCCCUCUAUGAUUCAGGUCGAGAUGAUUUGUAUGGAGACGGUGUCUAUGCCUAUCAAGGAGGCAAAGCGGAACCUUAUGGAGCUCGAGGGACUGCUCCGAAGUCUUCGACUUGGUCGGCUUUUGAUGAUUAUGGGAGGUCGAUAAGUUUCCCUUCUUCAAAGGAGUCAUCUUCGGUCAGUUCACCAAAGAUUGUGCGGGCAGUUCCCAAGGCGGAGGCACAACAGGACGUCAAGAGUGGUGUCCAGAAGUUCCGUGUGAAGCUAUUGCCUGAAAGUGGGUCCCAGACUAUGGACGUUCUUUGCCAGAUUGGUCUGGAUGGAAUUAAAAUGCUUGAUCCUUCUACGGGUCGGAUGUUAAGGAUUUACCCGCUUGAGAACAUAACGAGAUGCGACGUGAUAGAUUCUUCAAUAUUUGCAUUUUGGUCCAAGAGCUCCGUGGAUAUUGAACCGAGAAGAAUCAGGUUGCAAUCAAGUAGUUACACCACUAACACUAUUCUGGACAUAGUGACAGCAGCAACUGUACAGCUCAAGGAGAUGGGAGGAAGAAGCAGACCAUCUGAUACACCAAAGAUAAAUGAGCAGCAAAUGGAGAAAAAGAAGGGUUUGGCUGAUUGGAUGAAUUUGAUAAAGCCCGGCAAUGAAGAGAAAGAUCAUUGGGUUCCUGAUGAAGCUGUUACAAAGUGUACAGCUUGUGGAACAGAUUUUGGUGCUUUUGUUCGAAGGCAUCAUUGCAGGAACUGCGGAGAUAUUUUCUGUGACAAGUGUACACAUGGUAGGAUUGCUCUAACUGCUGAUGAGAAUGCUCAGCCAGUUAGAGUUUGCGACCGUUGUCUGGCCGAAGUAACACAGAGGCUGUCCAAUGCAAAGGAGGCUGCCAGCAAACCGGUGGGCUUACAGAGUCACGAGGAUCUUGCCAAAAAGCUUCAGGAGGAGAUGGAAAGAAACCGCCGAGCUGGAUCAAGCUCUAAGUCAGAGGGAUCAGGAAGGAGAAUGAGAGAAGUUGCAUGUCCCAUAUGUACUGUUCAUUUGCAGGUUCAGGUUCCCAGCUCGGGCUCCGAGACCAUCGAGUGUGGGGUCUGUCAACAUCCGUUCCUCGUCAGCGCUCAUUGAUUCGGAUCCCGACCCCAUUCUUUUUACGGCCCUCAUUGCUCUCUCAAAUGCUCUGAGGUGUUUAAGUUCCAUUCUAAGGGUUGGAGUUGAGAUAUAUAUGGAACAAUAAAAGGAUUACAGAUGCUUUAGUCGCCUUCUAUCUUCUGUUCAACGGACAUGGACAUAGUGUGAUGCGGAUUCCUAGAGAUUUUUUUCACCCUUUAUUUUGUGUAUAUCUAGAUACUUAUCGGAGAUUUCCCGUGCCGGGGUUUUUAUUUUUGUGUAAAAAAAAGGAACAAUCCGAGGAAUGUAUUUUUGUUUCUCUGCCACGUUUAUUCAUGUACUUUCCACCA